AGGUGUAUUUUUUUAUGGGUUGGUUUAAAACCGACUGUAUUUCAGGAAGAAUAAGAUAAUUUGUCAUGUGGCAAGUGUAGGCGACUUUUUUGGUGUCCUUGCGUGGUAACCUCUAUCUUCAUUGGCUGUGUGUCCGUCAGGCGUCAUUAGCCGGUGUUCAAGCGAUUCAUUUGAAAUGGCAGCAGGUGGAAAUUUAGCUCUGUUAAGUGUCUCCGACAAGACAGGCCUGGUCUCCCUGGCGGAAAAGCUGCACUCCCUGGGUCUGACUCUGGUAGCAUCUGGUGGAACGGCCAAGGCACUGCGUGACACCAAGCUCGCAGUCAAGGAUGUGGCAGAAAUUACCGGCGCACCCGAAAUGCUGGGUGGGAGGGUGAAGACUUUGCACCCGGCAGUGCACGGAGGUAUCCUAGCACGUUUAACUGAUUCUGAUCAAGCUGAUCUGAAGAAGCAGGGCUACAACUUGAUAAGAGUGGUUGUGUGUAACCUGUACCCAUUUGUCAAGACUGUUGCAAGAUCUGAUGUCACAGUUCCUGAUGCUGUGGAAAACAUUGACAUUGGUGGGGUAACGCUGUUACGUGCGGCUGCCAAGAACCAUGACCGUGUUACUGUGCUCUGUGAUCCUUCAGACUACGAUUCGGUAGUUGCCGAAAUUCAGAAGUCGCCUGGCAAGGAUACUGAACUUGCAACGAGGCAGCGCCUGGCACUGAAGGCAUUCACACACACAGCGCAGUAUGACGAUGCCAUCUCCGACUACUUCCGGCGGCAGUUCAGCAGUGGGCAGGGCCAGCUGACACUCCGCUACGGCACCAACCCCCACCAGAAGCCGGCGCAGCUGUUCACGACGCGGGGUGCACUGCCACUGCGUGUUGCCAACGGUUCCCCCGGCUAUAUCAACUUGUGCGACGCACUAAACGGCUGGCAGCUGGUGCGCGAACUGGACAGGGCGCUCGGGCUGCCGGCAGCCACUUCGUUCAAGCACGUCAGCCCUGCAGGAGCGGCAGUGGGUGUCCCACUCACCAAAGAUGAGGCGCGGCUGUGCAUGGUGGAGGACCUCCUGGAGCAGCUUACGCCCCUGGCCACUGCCUAUGCCCGCGCCCGUGGAGCAGACAGGAUGUCGUCCUUCGGAGACUUUGUGGCCCUUUCCAGGACGUGUGAUGCUGUCACUGCCAAGAUAAUCUCUCGAGAGGUUUCUGACGGAAUCAUUGCCCCUGGCUACACAGCAGAAGCACUCGAGAUUUUGAGUAAGAAGAAAGGUGGUGCCUAUUGUGUCCUGGAAAUGGAUCCGAACUAUGAGCCGGACCUCAUCGAACGGCGCACUUUGUUUGGGCUGACAUUGGAGCAGCGACGGAACGAUGCAGUCAUCGACGAGUCCCUCUUCCAGGGGCGCACGGUGUCGCAGAGGAAGGAGCUGCCAGCUGAGGCAGUGCGGGACUUGAUAGUCGCCACAAUAGCACUCAAGUAUACACAGAGUAACUCUGUGUGCUAUGCCAAGAACGGCCAGGUGAUUGGUGUGGGUGCAGGCCAGCAGUCACGCAUCCACUGCACCCGGCUGGCAGGGGACAAGGCCGAUAACUGGUGGCUGCGACAGCACCCACGAGUUAUUGGCAUGAAGUUCAAGAAAGGUGUGAAGCGUGCCGAGAUAUCAAAUGCCAUUGACAACUAUGUGGGUGGCAGUGUUGGUAAAGACAUGGAGUAUGAUGCCUGGGCAUCAGUUUACGAAGAGGUUCCCCCAUUCCUGACUCAGCAGGAACGUCAGGAGUGGAUCAAGCAGUUGAAGUCAGUUGCUCUCAGCUCAGAUGCUUUCUUCCCCUUUCGGGACAAUGUCGACCGCGCCUACCAGAGUGGAGUGGAAUACAUUGUCAGCCCAGCAGGAUCUGCAAAUGAUGCUGAAGUCAUCAAAGCAUGUGAUGAGCGCAAAAUCACUCUUGUACACACCAACUUGCGUUUGUUCCACCACUAAACUGCUGUUAUCUGAACUUUAUAAUCAAACUGAGUAUCAGCAUGUAAACAGUAGACACAUGCAAAAGUUAGUCUCGCACGCUUGAUAGUUGUAAUAUGAUCCACUGUCACAACUACCUUUUCCCCGUGAAUUGUCAUCUCAUUGUUUUUUAAAUGUGGUCACUAAAGCAGUUUGUUCCUUCUGCUUGUUAGUUUUUACAACAUGAAAUGUGCACUUUUGCAGAAAUCUUCUAGCACAGGCUACGAGCUUAGAUCCUUCACUGUAAUGUCAUAAAAACCAGACUUCCUUGCACAAACAGUUAGGUCCAACACACAACUUGACUGUGUGUCAACAGCUUUCCGUCCACUGCUACACAUCGACCAUAACAGGCCUUAUGGAUCCUAUAGAGGAACAUUGUAGGUGCCCAUCUGCCUUGGAACUAUCCAUACACUUAUAUUAAGCAUGAUGGCCCACAAUGCUAUUAGUUUCGACAACUUACCACAUGCAAACUUGAGGUGUUCUGUACCAGUAAGGAUGCAAUAUUUAGAAUUAUUGCAUCCAUAUUGUUAACAGAGCACCUGAAGUUUGAAUACGAUAGGUAUUCAACACUACUAGCAUAGUAGCCCAUUGGGCCUAAUACUGGUGUAUAGGUAGUUCUAAUGUCUGCAGAAGGCAGAUGGGUACCUACAGUGAAGGACGUAAGUUCGUAGCUUGCGCUAAAGGCUUUUCAUGUGGUAAAAACUAACAAGCAAAAGGAACAAGGCACUUUAGUUAUUACACUUACAACAGAAAUAGUGAAAUGACAAUUCAGGGCAAAAAGGCAUAGAACACUUACUGAAAUUUUGACUAUCAUCAAUAAUGUGUCUGCAACCAUAAGUGGAUAGGGAAUAAUUUUGUUGUGAUCAACAACAUACACCUGGAAAAAUUAAUUUUCAAGUUAGUACAGAAAAUAAACAUUUGAGUAGUUUGUUACAUUUACACUAUCAAAAAUUGAAACACUUAAUUGCAAGAUAGUUACGCUGAAACUGAAAGAACUGGCGAAAUGAAAAAAAAAAAAGAGAUAUGUCCUCUCUUAAACAACAUAAUUUAUUAUUCCUGAGUUCCAGUAGUAAUCUACACUGCUUACAUAUUACCAAAGCAGACAGUGACAUUUUUAUCAAUGAUUUUAAAAUCUAAAGCCAGAUGCUGCUAGCAGACCGAAAAGGUGCUGGAACUUGCAAGGAACAAAGCGUCACUGAGCUGCCACUAUAGCAAAUACACUGCCAAACCUUUUACCUGUUCUGAUGUUGGAAUUUAUACCACACCGCUUCUGUUUAGUGUAGUGCUUAGCUUCUGUUUAGUCUUCAACAGUUGCUAAUAUGUCAUACGAAAACAUUCCAUGACAUCCAAGAACAAAAAUGGUGUAUGUAGACCUUAGUACAUAUUAGAUCUGAGUUAAUGUAUACAAUGAAUUGAAGGUACAUUCCUAGCUGAAUCAUGCCUGCAGAAAUAGAAUCUCUUGUUUUAAAACUGUUUGUGAUGCAGCAUGUGCAAUUUGCUCAUUUUUGUAAGACUGUUAAUGUUCUCAUUUCUGCUAUGUUUGUUGCGGUCAGUAUAUGGCUUUGUAGAUACUGAGGUGUUUGAUUAGAAGUUUCCUGUAUUCUGUGCCAUUUUUAUACUCGUAUGAAAUUUUUAUAAUUAUGAGGAUAUUUUUCAAAAACAUAAUGCAGCUUUUUUACUGUAUGGAUAUUUUUGUACUAAAGCAUUUACUCAUUGUUAAA